UUUUUGAGCACCCCCAUUAAAUUCAUUGGGUUCCACGCGCGGACUAGUUGAGGCUCGCCGCUUUCACGUGCUGCCGCGUCUCCCCUCUCACCGCACGAGGCCGUACCCCCCAUUCCUAUUUGCAAUCUUUCAAGCUACGCAUCGCAACCGUGUGUUACCUAAUUCCCUCGCUCGCUCUUUAGCUCGCUCGCGUGUUGGGCAUAUCGGAAACCUCUUGUUAGGGUAAAAGCCUUUGCAAUUGCUUUUAAUGCAUCGCUGAUCCCUGGCCCGGGCAUCCAAACGGGAAGAGCCAAGAAGCCCUCGGGAUUUCACGUGCCUUCAGGCUGCCGAGGGAAAAAAAGGUAGCUUCUCUGAGCGGCAACAACCGCGCUAAAAGCAGCGGCGGCGGCGGCAGCAAAAGCAUCGGGGAAAAGGGGGAAGCCUGGCAGGAGACGCGGCCAGCCCUGGGGCCACGCGAAGGCGCGCUCCGUUGAAAAGCCCGGCUGGGAGGAGAAAGAAGGGGAGGUGAGAUGAGGCGAGGCGUCCGGUAAACGUUGCAAGCGACUUUGGAGCCCGUCGUGGAGCCGCCGCGCCUUGCCCCCUUCCCCCUCCCCAAGGCUGCUCCGAGGAAACGGAGCUCGCUUCCGCUCCCCGCGUUUUUUGGUGGAGCGACGGGAUCCAAUGACCUAGAGCGCUCGUAAGCCAUGCGACCCGACGACAUCAACCCACGGACUGGACUGGUGGUGGCUUUGGUCAGCGUCUUCUUGGUGUUUGGCUUCAUGUUCACGGUUUCCGGGAUCAAAGGCGAGACUUUGGGGGACAUCCCACUUCUGGCCAUCGGACCGGCCAUCUGCUUACCCGGCAUCGCCGCUAUCGCCCUGACGAGGAAAACCGACGGCUGCAGCAAAUGGCCCAACGUCAGCUAUUGCCCCCCGUGCGGCUGCUGCCGCAAGAAACCCCAGGACAAGGAGGUCCUGGAGUUGCUGAGGACCCCUUCGGACCUGGAGUCCGGCAAAAGCAGCUGCGACGAGCUGGCCCUGAAAGCCCGCGACGCUGAGGUGGCUUGCGGGGGGAAAGACUCACUCGCCACCCCCGCCGCGCGGGACUGCGUGGGCUUGGACCCCAAAGUGGCUCAGGAGGAAGUGUUGAGGUACUUGGAGAAGUGCUAUCCGGAGAUGCCCGGCGGGAACAUUUUUGUGGCCGAGGCUUCUCCUUACAGUGCCUUAGACCAGCCGCGGGGGGAGUCCCCUGGCCUCGAGGGGGCCGCCGCCGCCGCCUCCCCCUGGCCGGGGAAGGACGAUUUGAACGUCGUCCCCAGCGACAGCAUCAUCGUUUGCUCCUACACGGAGAGCAGCCCUUACGACAGGUACUGUUGUUAUAUAAACCCCACCGAAGACCUCACUUCGGAUCCCCAGGCGAUCGUUUGAACGAACCGUCCCGUCUUUGCCAGCGCUCGGACUUUCCUCUUUCGAUUUGGCCCCUCGUUCUUUCAAACGGGGACAAAUGAUACUGAUGAUCCACCCUUCCGACUCUUCCCUCCCCCAAAUAACCAUAAUGGUAAUAAUAACAUAAUGAUAAUAUUAUAAUUAUAUAUAUUAGCUGGUAUUGCACUGCAUGGGACUAGCCUCCUAGCUCAGCUGUUAACUUUAAAACCUGGUAGGGGACUGAUAACGCGAACCUUUGGUGCCUGAAAUACUUUUCCUUUUCGUUCCAAUGCAAGUAAUAAUGGCUUAUUCAAGGAGAAUCGAUAUUUGGUAUGGUGAGUUCUGAGCAGCGAGACUUCAGUUAUUUUCUUAUACAGGGCUAAAGAAAUGGGGUUAAUUCCUGGCACUUGCCAAGUUCAAAGUUUGGAAAUGGACUGGCUGCUGUUAUUCAUGUCUAGAGAGAUUCUCAGUCAUCUAGGCCAUGGUUGUCCCAAAGGUGCUUUUUCAAAAGGCAACUGGGCUUUGUUUUUCCAUGAAGAUGUUUCUCUUCUCAUCCAGGAAGCUUCUUCAGUUCUCACUGAAGAACUGAAGACGCUUCUUGGAUGACAAGCGAAACGGCUUCAAGGAAAAACAAAAUCUAGUUGCCUUUGGAAAAACCAAUCUUUGGAUGUGGUUAUUAACUUUUGCAAGUUAAUAUCGAGGGAACUUCGUUAAGAUCCUUGAAGUUGUGUCCUCCCCGCCCCCCCUUCCCUGCUCCAACUUUUACCAUGUUAAGUAAAUGCAGCAUACUUCAAAGAGUGUUGUGUGCAGAAAUCAAAGCCUGAAGACCAUAUCCGUGAAGGGAAAUGAGUGAAACUACAUUAAUACCUGAGUUUUCAAACUUUAUUAAUAUGCCAUUACCCUAGUUUCCAACUUCCCUUUUCUCUCUCUAGUAUGCUCAGUAUUGUAUGUCAUGCAAUCUCCCUCUUCUGCAUAAGGUCUCCAAUGAAAUGGAAAUAAUGAUGGAAGCUAAGAGUUCUAGUUUUGAACUUGCACUAGAUUUUGACUUGAGGCAUACUUGUGUAUCCUACUGUGACUAUUCUGAAUGUACAGUUAAAUUAAAAAUGUUAUGUAACCAGCAAUGCAAUCUGACAAAAUCAAGCCAUUUGCAUUCCAUUAGUUUUGUGGGGAAUUUUGAAUAUGUUGCUAAAUCUCUCCAGUUGAAAUUUGUGGCAUUCAAAAGGGCUUAAAUUUGGGUGGAUUAUCCUCCUAGCUUUUUUUGCUCCCCUAUUUUUUGAUACAAGGUUAGAAGUUUUAUUGGUCAUGCUACAAACACCAUGUAACUUCAUAACCGUGAAUUCUUAUGAUUCAGCAUAGAACAAAAUAAGCUUCUCAGAAACUGCAGAAUCAGCAAACCUCAUAUACAUAUUUCGGUACUCUAAAUGUACAUGCAACAUCAUUUCGUAGGUAUGUUACAUAUUUAAUCCAUGCAGGAUACCUUACAGGGAUGAAAUGUGAGGAACAACAUAUUUAAUAAAUUUAGAACAAUUUGCACUUGGCUUUAGCUUUUUAAGUUUGCCUAAACCAGAAAUGUCUUCUAAAAGGUUUCCCAGUUUUAAAAGCCUCGUAUCUUAGUCACACGUAUUUUAUUUCUGAUAGAUUUGUUAAGCUUCCUGUGAUCCAUCUCAGUGGAAAGCAAGAGGUAAUCAUGCACAAUCAUCCUUCGGUUUUGUUGAGAGCAGUUGACAUUUUAACCCUUGUGCAGGUGGUCCAUCUUAACAGAUAAAUGAAAAAUACCUGCAAGCACUUUGUGGGAAACAUGGUUAAGAAACAUUUAUUUCAAAGCAGAAUAUUGUGUUUUCUGUUAUGAAUUUUUAGAUUUCUAUCCUGCACAGCAAGCACAUCAUGCUUCCUCCUCCCACUUUUCCCUACUAUUAACAUCCUUGUGAGGUAGGUAGGGCUGACAGACUGGGUGGCCCAAAAUCACCUAAUGAACUUUUGUGGCUGAGGAUGGACUUCCCAAAGCCAGGCCAGCAUCUUAACCACAAUACUACACUGCCUGUUGUUAAUAUGCAUGUGAUAUUUCUUACUUGUUAUGUAAAAUUGUUACUGAAAUAGGAAGGUAGAAUUGGAACAAAUCAUUCUGUUGGCCCUUUGCACAUUUUCAGGGAACAGCUAGAAACACCAGAUAAAAAGUGAGUAAGCCUACUAUACAUCAUCAUCAAAGCACAGGGCUGCAAAAAACUGAUUAUAAAGAGAAGGGAGCAAGAUUUAUCCCAGGACCACAAGUGGCUUUCCAGCAUUUGUUUUUCGGGCCCCAAAGUUCCCCAAACAGAGCAAGGCCAAAGUUGGUCUCUUAUAGGUUCAAAUUGAUAGCAAAUGUUCAAUGCACCAGCUUUACCCUUUCAAACUCCAGUUCUUCCUCCCCAGGGAACAGCAAUAUUCUCUGUGGCAUGUUCUGGACAUUAAAAGUCAAGCCCUGAUUUCUUUAAAGACUUGAAUGAUUUAGCACCACAUUAGCUGAAGGAGCACUUUGUCCUGUAAAUACCCAAUGAGAUAUUAAGAUCUUUUAAGAUCUAAUAAGGCCCUCUUCUAAGUUCCCAUCACAGCAAAGUAUUUGACAUGGGUCUCAGGGGGCGGGGAUUUUUAUUUUUAUUUUUAUUUUUUUUUGCAGUGGUACCCCAUUUGUGGAAUUCUCUCCCCAGAGAGACUCAGCUAACAUCCACUUGAGGAUCAUUUUGACACCAGAUGAAAAUCUGUCUAUUUCCCCUGGCCUUUUUACUGCACUUUAAUUGUACUUUAAUUUGUAUUGUUUUAGCUUCAUAUGAUUGCCUUGCUGCUGUCUAGCUUGCAUUUUAUUUGAAUUAUUUUUUGGGUAUAUGUUUUUAUUAAAAUUGCAUCUUUUAGUAUGUUUUAUUGUAAGUCACCCAAGAGUUUGGCUAUUGAGCAAUUUAAAAUUUUUAAUAAACAAUAAAUAACACUUUAACCCAAAAA